AUGAACGGACUAGGUCCUCACAAACACGAUGACUCCGGAAAGAAAGAACAAGCCAUCUACUAUCUUAGCAAGAAAUUCACUCAAUAUGAGGCUCAUUAUUCAUUUACUGAGAAAAGCUGCUGUGCAUUGGCCUGGGCAGCUCAAAAGUUGAGACACUACCUGGUAAGUCACACAACUUAUCUCAUAUCUCGUUCUGAUCCUCUAAAAUAUCUCUUGGAGAGGCCGAUGCCAACUGGGCGUCUGGCUAAGUGGCAGAUGAUUCUUUCAGAAUUUGAUAUUGUUUUCACUUUGCAAAAGGCCAUCAAGGGACAAGCUAUAGCCGACCAUUUGGCAGAAAAUCCAAACGAAGAUGACUAUCAACCGCUCCAUACUUAUUUCCUCGAUGAGGAGGUUUUACUGGUUGGUGCUACAGAAGAUAUGAGUGAGCGGUGCCCUGAAUGGAGGUUGUUUUUCGAUGGUGCCGCUAAUUCUUUCGGAGCUGGAAUUGGAGCCGUUCUUGUAUCUCCAGAAGGGAAGCAUUACCUCGAAACUGCUAAAUUACGAUUUGCCUGUACAAACAAUAUGGCCGAAUAUGAAGCCUGUAUUUUUGCUCUUAAAAUGGCUUUGGAAAUAGAAGUUAAAGAGCUGACAGCCUUUAGUGAUUUAGAUUUACUUGUGCACCAAACGUUGAAACAAUGGAUAACCAAAGAUUUCAAGAUCUUGCCAUACCAUUGUAAUUUGCUUAAUCUGGCUAGACAAUUUCAAAAUUUGGAAUUCAGACAUCUCCCACGAGCCCGAAAUGCAUUUGCCGAUGCCUUGGCCACCUUAUCUUCUAUGAUACAAUAUCCGGACGAAUUAGGAAUCGAGCCUAUCUGGAUCCAACUCCAGGACAAGCCUGCUCAUUGUUGGGUCGCAGACAAAACAUCUGGCAAUAGCCCUUGGUACAAUGAUAUUAAGGAGUUCAUCAAAAUCGGGUCUUACCCUCCAGAAGCUACUGCAAAUGACAAAGGUUUCCUGCGCAGAAUGGCCUCGAAGUUUUUCUUAAAUGGAGAGGUAUUGUACAGAAGGACCUCAGAUUUGAACCUCUUAAGGUGCAUCGAUGAAGAUGAAGCUCAGUAUAUGAUGAAAGAGGUGCAUAGUGGUGUUUGCGGAUCUCACAUGAAUGGAUAUUUAUUAGCCAAGAAAAUCAUGAGAACUGGGUAUUUUUGGCUCACUAUGGAACGUGAUUGCAUAGAUUUUGUCCGGAAAUGUAUCAAAUGUCAAAUGCAUGGUGACGUUAUACGCGCUCCUCCCACCGAAUUGCAUAGCAUGAUUGCCCCAUGGCCCUGCUUAAUGUGGGGUAUGGACGUGAUCGGCACAAUUGACCCUCCUGCUUCAAAUGGGCAUUAA